GAUACCCCGCGAUGACUUGACGAAGGUGUGAGUGGUUUCUGCGAUUGUUGUUUCAUUAAAACCACUCUGUGGCCAAACUUUCCAUCUCAUGUAUCAGCAGGCUCGUAUGGAAAGCCAACUUGCAAAUACGUCGGACGCUCUCGACGCUAUUAAGGUCUUGUACGACACGGGCAAAUAUGCAGAUAUGAAGAUCCGCUGCGAAGAUAAAGUUUUUGAUGUUCAUCGUGCGAUAGUUUGCAUCCGAUCACCGGUGAUUGCUGCGGCUAUGGAUGAUGAUCGUUGGGAAGAAGCUGCAAAGGGCGAAUACCAUAUGAGUGAUGAGAAGCUGCCAAUUGUGGAGGCGAUGAUCAAUUAUUUGUAUUGUGGAAGUUACGAUGAUCAGGUAGCCUUGGAGAGUAAAGCUUCAGAUGAUGAUUUGCAGAUUGGAUUGCCGUCGAGGCCCCCCAAAUCGGUGACAGAACCAAUCGAGGGUCCUUGGGUCCAACGGCGAGUUGAAGUUAAGCAGCAUAAUUAUAGAGGAUUCGGUCAGCAGGUUCAAGGCGCUCCCCUUACGAAACCAUCAUCAUUACUCUUCAACGCCAAAGUGUACAUUAUCGCCGAUAAAUACAUGAUCCCAGCUCUCAAAAGCCUAGCACACGAGAACUUUAAAAAGAGUUUGAGAGAACAUUGGAAUACUCCAGAGUUUGCUGCUGUUGCAGAGUUCCUUUGGGACAACACUCCUGGGUCUGACACGCUACUUAGGAAAGCUGUGACCGCAACUGCUGCGACUUACAUAGAUGUUUUACUUGAUAAAGAAGAGUUUGUAGAUUUCAUGUCAGAAUAUGGAGAGUUUACUGUAGAUAUUAUGAAGAGGAUGAAGGGAAAGGAUAAAUCGGUUGCGCCUGCUUUCGGUUUUGCCCAAAGUGCCAUGUUUGGAGGAAACAUGGGGCGGUGAUAUUACCUAGAUAUAUGAGGCAAUUAUGAUUCUUUGAGGUCAUUUGUGGUCAUCUUUGUGUACGUAUCGAUUUUUCUUUUCAAAACUCUCCAUGAGACUUAUAUAAGCAGAGUGGAAGCAGUAGAGUCUCAAUCGACCGCUUCUGUAGACAACAUCCAAGAGCAUGAACUUCCAAAAAAAUCCCCAAGCCGUUAUUACA